UCGCAGCCUCACAGGGCGAUGGAGAAGGAGGCGGCGGCUCUUCCGAGGGAGGGAAGGGAGCCGUCCCCUUUGGGCCGUCCCGGGGCGGGGACAGUUGGCGGAGCCGUCCCCCUGCUGCGAGCCUCCUUCAUGGAGCAGCCGCGAGAGCUGGGCAGUUUCCCCUUGCCUCCCAGUCUGCGGGCCAAGCUGGUCGCCGCCGGCUUCCAGACGGCUGCGGAGGUGCUCGACGUCAGGCCCUGCGAGCUCAGCAAAGAAAUUGGAGUUUCUAAACAGGAGGCAUUAGAAAUUCUGCAAGUGGUCGAAGGGGACUGUCACGGCAAUGGAGGAAGCUCAGGAAAUGCGGUCAGAAAGUACACGGCCCUGGAGCUCUUGGAAGAGGAGCAAGGCCAAGGCUUCAUCGUAACCUUCUGCUCUGCACUAGAUGAUGCCCUGGGAGGGGGCGUGCACCUAACAAAAGUCACAGAGAUCUGCGGAGCACCAGGCGUUGGCAAAACGCAAUUAUGCAUGCAGCUGGCGGUGGAUGUGCAGUUCCCAGAGUGCUUUGGAGGGCUUGCAGGAGAAGCGGUUUUCAUAGACACGGAGGGCAGCUUCAUGGUAGACAGAGUCGUGGAGAUGGCAUCCGCCUGCGUUGAGCAUUGCCGGUUGAUUGCAGAAGUGCACCCUGAAGAAGACCAUCAAGCGGCGCUGGAGACUUUUACCUUGGAAAAUAUUCUGUCUCACAUUUACUACUUCCGUUGUCAUGACUAUGUGGAGUUGUUGGCGCAGGUCUAUCUUCUCCCAGAUUUCCUCUCUGAACAUUCAAAGGUCCGACUGGUCGUGAUCGAUGGCAUCGCCUUUCCUUUCCGCCAUAACUUCGAAGACCUCUCGCUGCGGACACGGCUCUUGAAUGGUCUAGCCCAGCAGCUGAUCACCAUCGCCAAUGAUCACACGUUGGCUGUAGUUUUGACCAAUCAGAUGACAACAAGAAUUGGACAAAGCCACUCCUCUUUGGUUCCUGCCUUAGGAGAAAGCUGGGGUCAUGCAGCCACCAUCCGCAUAAUCUUGCAUUGGGAGAAUAAGCAGAGGUUGGCAACCCUAUACAAGUCACCCAGCCAAAAGGAGUCAGUUGUACCAUAUUGUGUUACGCCUCAAGGAUUCAGAGACGUUCAGCUUCCACCUCCAGACCUGGCGGAAAACAAGACGAACCCUCGCAAGAGGCCGCGGGUAGAAGAACAGUGAUUUGGACGAAUCGAUUUCUCUCUUUGAAGAUGUUUGCGCAAUGUCUGGACUUAAUGGGGCAUGAGAGGCUAUUUAACUCGGACAAAAAGAGCAUAAUUUUAAUCCACAGAUUGGCAAUUUUAUCCAUUCCCCCCACCCCUUUCAUAGGAUUUUUUUUUUUCUCAAAUAAAGGUUGGAAAUAAUAUCUA